AUGGUUGCAAAUAUGAUGAGUAGAAUGAGUUUGUUUGUUGCUGGGCUAUAUCGUCUAUCGAGUAAGGAAGGUAAGGCUGCAAUACUAAUAGGUGAUAUGGAUAUAUCAAGGUUGAUGGUCUAUGUGCAGCAGGUUGAAGAGGAGAAGUUGAGGGAGAGAGAAGAAUUUAGAAAUAAGAAGGCUAAGACGAUAGGGAAUGAGUCCGGGAAGCCAAGAAAUAAUGCGAACCGAGCUACACCUGAGCAGUCUCAAGGUAGUGUGGCACAUGGAGGUAACUGGGAUCCUGUAUGUGCUAAGUGUGGUAGAACCCACCCAGGUAAGUGUCACGAUGGCUCCACAUGUUGUUUCAAGUGUGGACAAGAGGGUGACUUCAUGAAAAAGUGCCCUAAGAACCGGCAAGGUAAUGGGAAUCAGGGAAAUAAAGCCCAAUCUUCAUCAGUUGCUCCACCAGACAGGGCUGCACCUAGAUAA